UAUAGGGCCUUCCAUUUCCCACACGACAAGAGUCGAAAUCAAAAUUUCGUGUCACAGGGAAUUUUAUUUUGGCAAAAAUUCAUAAACAUGACUGGUCUAAAACUUGGAAAUUUCUAUACAAAAUGCAUACCCUCCAAAAAGAAGCGUUUCAAGGGGUUGAGCCAAAGAAAGUACUUGAUGAAAGGCCAACCGCUGGGAAUGGAAAAUACCCCUCGAGUGGAUUUUAGUGUGCAUCCGAUAGUCCUGCCGAUUCCCAAAAAAUUGGAGUCCUCCGUUGGCUGGGAACCGCUCUCAAAACACGUGAUUGGCAGCUUUCAGUUGGAAUUCCAUCGAGAUUCGGUGAGGGAAAGGCUCGAGAUCAAGGCCACAUUGCCCAGCCCAAGAGUUCCGGAGAAAACGACUCCGAAUCCGGAGGAUGAGCAACUCUACGAGCUGUUCGUGUGCAACAGCCAGGGCCAAUUGCUGGCCAAGAUUCCCUUUCUGGAGAGCGACUACCGACGUGCAGCCCACAAGGCCAUCGAUUCCAUGUCCAUUUAAUCAAUCCUGCCAUAACAAUAUGUAUCUUCUGAAAAUCACAAAUUAAAAACCUGCCCAUUUUUGCCCGUUAAUUAACAUUCUGCCUACGCCCGUCCAAAUGUCAGCCUUCAAUUGCCAACUAUCCUGACAGGACUCUGAGUAUCGAUUACCUGUUUACAUCUCCAUUU